AUGGUCAACAAUUCUUUUGGGCUGAUGGAGAGCUUGGACAACGGAGUCAGUCCGACUUUUUUUCAAAUCAUUUUUAAGCAAGUUUGCUCAAGGUCAAGGGUUCGAUCCUCCUGCUUUGAUUGAGAGGGAAGCAAAAUAAUAAUAAUUAUAAUUAUAGUAAUUAUUAUGGUAAUAUUAAUUAUAAUGGUUUAUUUAAAGUACAGCCUCGUUAAUACGGUCACCAAUGGGCCAAAAAAAUUUGGCCGUGUUAGCGGGUGACCGUAUUAACGAGGGUUUUUUUUUUACAAGAAAAUCAGGGGCGGAUCCAGGAUCUUUUUUAAGAGGGGGUGCACUCGUCUCUUGCUGUACUUCAACACCAAUAAACCAAAUAGUUUUUUUUUGCAGAAUACCAGUUGUAUUAGAAAACUGCAUGUCAUCUCAGGGGGGGGGGGGUGCGCACCCCCUGCACCCUCCCCCUAGAUCCGCCCCUGAAAAUGUAUGGUCGUUUUGCCGGGCGGCCAGAAAAAAGUGGCCGUAAUAAUGAGGUGGCCGUAAGAAGGGGUUCACUGCAUCCAUAAACUAAAAAUACGGCUCUUUAUCUGUGACUUACUACUGCCGAUAACCUAACCUACCAAUCUACUCAUCAAUUGGUUAUAAAUUAUCAUUACUACAAAACUAUGAACAGUGAAAAGAUAAUAAAACGACUAGUUCCAAAAUUAAAGAAAAGCUAGUGAAAAAGAAAAACUAAAGAAAAGGUCACUAAGAAUACAGCCUUGCCCUUCGGCUUAGCUUUAAGGUGACUUGUCAACUGACUCUUAACAUGACUAAAUUCUGGGGAGUUCCAAAUAUGGUGUGGUAUCGCAUUGAAAACAUUUGGCAGUGCUGUCUUGGAAGGUACCUGAUUGUGUCUACUUUCUGCUCAAUCUGUGAUUUAUACUCAGUUGUGACUACGAUUUUAUUUUGUAAAACUAUAAUUGGUCAAAAAGAAGCGACUUUAAAACAUUUAGCCAUAAAAAAUUGCGAAAAAAACGUUUCUUAAAAACAUUUAAAAAAGUUUAAAAACAUACUACGUUUCGACGUUCUCAGCUGUCAUUAUCAAGUACAAAAUGCAGGAUGAAUGUUUUAUAAAUGCAAGAAAAACAAUAGCUCAUUAAAAAGAAAAGUAACAUAUAAAAAAUAUGUUACAAAUUUUAAAACAGAGCGUUUAGCACUGAUUGAGUCACUCUGAGUGUUAAGUCUAGGCCUCAGUUCAGUUUGAUGAAUAGGAUUUACGAGGCGGUCAAAUUUGCCGUGGCACUUACUGAGAACGCGAAAUUGACCCUCACUAAGAAGAUGUAUGUCACCGUGCGCUUCUAAAAAAUGUUUACUGGACUUAAGACCUUGCUUUGCAUUAUGUAUUCAUUUAUUUUAGUCAAUUACAAGUGCAUAUAGGAUUAGGUCUGUUCCCCAAUCUCUCUCGGUGGAAAGUAGACCAUGACUUAAUCCAAAUGAACUUAAUAAAGGAAACAGUUUUUGGAAAGGUAUCAGAUCUGGCAGUCUUGAAUUUGUUGCGAUUUUACUUUAUUAGCAUUUACUUGUCUUUUUAGCUUAUAUCUGCUUAUUGCUCUGAGCUCAGGAAAGUAAAGUUGAACUUCUCUGAAAGUCGGCAAUAGUCCGUAUGUUAUUUUCCCGGCGGUACUCUCAGCAAUUUAAAAUCCAACACCAUAUAUAUCUGAUUAAAUGAACUGAAGUUGGGCAAUUGUGCACUGGGAAGCUACUGUUUGAUGGCCACUCGAGCAAACCAUCGCAGUGAGUUCAGUAUGCCCUUAAUGCCCAAUACCCAAUUGCAAAAGCAACCUUUUAAAGUUAUAUAACAAACUGACGUAUUUAUUGUGUCUUGUUCACUUUGUUUUGCUAAUACCCUUGUUCUGAACAUUAUGCCCAUCCCUGUUUUAUUGAUCAUGUUCAGGUUAUUCAAACGUUUUUUUUAUUUGUAUUGCAGAAGCACAAAAAAUUGGUAACCCAGCUUUCUGCCUACGGACACGUUUAUCAUUCCCUCAUUUUCUUUCCAAAAAUUUUAAGAUCCCCCACCAAGCCUAGGGAAGGCAUCUCUGCCACAACUUUUCGUACAAACUCUGCAUUGCUAACGAAGGAACCAACUCAAUUUGCAUGAAUUAAUCUCCAUAUCUUUAGCUUAAUCUCGUCGAGGUGAGUUACAUUAAUCAGAUUUUUAAGUACACAUUAAUUGUGAUAUGGUAUUCGCAGUGACCCGUAAUCCCGCUCAGUGACGACGCUAUCUUUAACCGGGACCUUAUAACUUACUUUCACCUUAUGUCACUAAAAUUUCAAUGCACCAACAUUAGUCACCUCCAUUUCUCAUAAAAUCACGGCAAAAUGCGGCAUUCUCUGUCCAAAGACACUGCUUUUAACGGAGAAACAACUCCACGUCAUACAUUUCUUUGUAACGACCCGCAAUGUUUGCCCCCUGGCAAUCCCACAAUCCUGUGCGCAAAACAUUGGUCUCCGAUUACUGGAAAAUCGUUCAUUAUUACACCAUUUUUUAGAUGUUCGAAAAUCCUAGGAGAGACAGGCAAGCAAGAAAUUUUACAACAAAUGUUCCGAAAAUUCUAGAUCUCAAAUCGUCUUCCGAACAGAUAUUUUCCGAAAAUUGACGUUGGGUGCCCCUGAAAGGUGGAUAGUGCUAUCCACAGAGAAGAUUACUAUCUUAGGGACUUGUCAGAAAUUAGCAGGGGUGGGAGGGGGGUGGGAAUUUUAGGCCACGUCCACACGUAUCCGGAGAUUUGUUUUUCCGCAAAUAUUUUUUUGCGGAUUUGAAAAUUUUCGCGUCCACACGCAGCGUAUUCGAAUCGUUUUCAGCCGUCCACACGUAUCCGAUUGUAUCCGGAAAUUUUCUGAUUUGCUCUAGUGCCCAGUUCUUUUGCCGGAGAGAAUCCUGAAAUGAGCAUGCGCAUAAUUGCGAUUUAGGCGCCAUUUCUUUCGCGCCAUAACUACUGCGAGGUGUAAACAGUCGAAGCUUGUAGUUUAUCACUCGAAAAAAUGUCUAAAUCUACUGAAAAAGUCAACAAAAAGUAUGCCACGCUUGUCCUUCCUGGUCGCGUCCAGAAUCGCCUUCGGUGAUGGUUCGCUGUUUUUUUGACUUUAUGAUGCCCACUGUUCAUUGAUAACAAUCUCAAAACAUCCUGUCGAUCUCUAAUGUAUUGGUUGUGUAAAUGUAUCACAGCUGCAUUUAUCUGAACGCAUGAUAUCAAACUAGAAAUCAGAGCAACUAACAAAGAAGCUACAACCUUGCUGUACGCCAUGUUUGUUUAUAAUGCUCGCCGUGAAGACUGGAUCCAAGAGAAUGACGAAAGCGUAUUCGAAAAUUUCCGGAUACGACCGUGCACACGUAUACGUAAUCGUAUCGGAUAAAAAAAAUUUCCAUUCUGGAGAGCGUUUUCAAAAAUUUCCGGAUACGGCCGGGAAAAUAUGCUGGAUACAUGUGGACGCAAGCCGUAUUCGUAAAAAAAAAUUUGCGUUUUCACAAACUUGCGGAUACGUGUGGACGAUGCUUUAAAUCUGGGUUUGGAAAUGAGGUGACCCAUCCCUGCAAUGGGAGUGAAAUUUGCUAACCCUCCCGUUAACCUAAAAUAUCAUGACCCUCCCCCUCUUGUACAAAUGAUAAAAUCUAGUUCUUGCAAUACACUAGGGUGAGUCAGUAUUAUGAAAGCUCAAAAUAUAUUUCUAAUUUUUUCUUUGUAAUGCCAUAUACAUACAUUUUAGAUGACAGCAUUAAGAGUCCGACUCUGAUUCUGACAGCUGAUCACUCGACUCUCCUAUUUCUCCCAGGUUUUUUUUUUACAAAAUAAAGAACUUCCUUUUUCUUCUGUGGAUGUGACCUCUACAUGAUCACGGACACAUUUGCAUGACCCUCCCCUUUUUAACGGCCCAUUUUUCAUGACCCCUCCCUUUUCUGCACUCUCAAAAAGUUGUGACCCUCCCUCUGUUUCCUCCCCCUCCCCCCUGCUAAUUUCUGACAAGUCCCGUAUGGAUAAUUGUAAGGGUUGCGUAAUUUUUACGUUCGUAGGUGCCUAAAAUUUACGUUCGCAAAUAAAAUAGAGGCAAUACAUGAAAGGUCGCUCGUAAGCGUAAAAGUUGAACCUCCCUCAACUUCACGUUUAAGCUCAGCACUUUUUAUCUUCCCGCAAUUUUAUUUACGUGAUUAAAAUUUACGUGCGUUAACGUGCGUAGCCAAUGAAAGCGUCCGUGGAAAUCAACCUUAAGGAAAAACAAUAGAACUUGUCACGGUUUUCGAUGCCAUCUUGGCGAGUAGGCAAACCCGUGAGAAAUUACAGUGUUUGUAUGAGAAUCUAAUGUCGAAUAAUUUCCGUAAAACGGCUGUUUUAAAAAACAUAUGAACUGUAAACUAAAGCUUCACUCUUAAGGAAUCUACUGAAAAAAAUUGAGGGCGUUACGUGCGCUAGAAGACCUAGAACCUUUUUUAAAAAUUUUCUAUACAUCUGUCUGUAAAAAUUUCCCGUGAAAAAUUGCAGAAAAGUAUAUGGAAAAUCUAAAGCAAGCUUCUGGAGAAAUUUAAGCACAGUUGUAGUUUUAGUUUACAGUUCAUAUUUUUUCCAGAACAGCUUUUUUACGGAAAUUAUUCGACAUUGGAUUCUCAUACAAACACUGUAAUUUCUCACGCGUUUGCCUACUCGUCAAGAUGGCGUCGAAAACCGUGACAAGGUCAAGCGCCGCGCGCCCUUUUUUUCUUGUGCCCACUACUUCCAAGCGCCUGCUACGCAGCCUAUGCCACUAUAUGGGUCCUUAAAAGUUUUGCUGAGUAUACACGUAUUUAAGGACCCUAAAGACCCACUUCCGUCUCUUAUGUCGAUGUGUGGGACGAUAUUAGGUUUUAGUUUCAUGGCAUUUUGCUGUUAUUAUUGCAUGAUGUGUCAUAUGAUAUAGUUUUCAAAAGACCUUUGUUUGUCAGUAUUCAAACCGCCAGCUCAGUGAAUAAUAUCCUUAGAAAAACGCAGAGAGCCAUGAACAAUACAAGCUUGCUUUUGUUCUUUAAAAUGCACAGUUGGCAAAUCUAAGGUGCUCCGGCUCGCUCACCCAAUAAGACAAUGGAAAUUCGACAACUUGACCGGGCCACUUGAGUUGCAUGUGUUGGGCCCAGCAGAUCGAUCAUUCAGGGUCAAGAUGCGUGAACUGAUCCAGAUUUUUCUCAUAGUUUGCAUUAAAUUUUCUUGUAACCUUUUUAGAAAUAUAUUUUUAUCAGCCAGAUUGCAUGGUCAAUAAAACGCCAAUAAGGAAAAUGAGGGGUGCUCAAAUUGUGUUCCUGUAAAAUAUCGACACUCUUUCACCAUCACAUUUACAUGAAUCAAGUUUGAUUGACGUCCAGGAUUUUAUAAAAAUUCCAUAAAAAGACUCGCUGCGAGUUGAAAGGUAACUUAAAACUAUUGACUUAACCUUUAUUUGGCUAGCCAGAGUGUCAACAAGUCAAGCUCGGUCGUUGUUUCAUAUUAGCGAAAGAAACAGCUCCACAAGAAGAAGUGUUUAAAGAUGCUGCUAGCAACGUUUUUUAUCUUUUGUGCAUGUUGGCUACAUGUUCGAGCAGAAAUAGUGUCAACGAAGUAUGGAGAUAUCGAAGGACUCGUGACUUUAUAUCCGAAUGCCUCUGGUCCGUUCAAAUCCGUCAGCAAAUUUCUUGGCGUUCCUUUCUCCGCUCCACCAACUGGAGAGCUAAGGUUUAAAGCCCCACAACCGCCAAGAGAGUGGAAACCAAAGGUUUAUUCGGCUAAAACCCAUGGGAGCGUCUGCUUACAGUUCAAACUUUCCGAAAACGUAAUCAAGCCUUUUACUUCAAAUUUCACUUUCAGCGAGGAUUGCUUAUAUCUUGAUAUCUACAGCCCGAACAUCAGCCUCAGUUUGCCAGUGAUGGUUUACAUUCACGGUGGAGGGUACGUUUUAGGAACAGCGAUUACUUCUCCCAGCGAUAUCUUGGCUCUCCAUGGGGUGGUGGUGGUCAUUAUCCAGUAUCGUCUUGGUCCCUUUGGUUUCUUGACGACCGGUGAUUCGGCGGCACCUGGUAACUAUGGAAUGUUGGAUCAAGUUGAAGCACUGAAGUGGAUCAAAGAAAACAUUGAGAAUUUUGGCGGGAAUCCCAGCAAAGUGACCAUAUUUGGACAGAGCGCUGGAGGAUCCAGCGUGGGGCUCCAUCUUCUAUCGCCUCUAUCUCGUGAUCUCUUUCAUCAAGCCAUUCCAGAGAGCGGUGUAGAUUUAAGUCCCUUUGCGAUUCAGCCAACGUCUUUUGGUCUCCGUUUCACAAAAGAGCUUGCACAAAAACUGAAUUGUGGAUCCAGUGACCAUUAUGCAAUGGUUUCUUGUAUGCGCAGUAAAACAGCGUCAGACAUGCAAAAAGCCGCCGAGUCAAUCAAAUUUGGUUUCGUUAAUUAUCUUUACUGGGCACCAGUCGUUGAUAAAAACUUUCUUCAUGAUACACCCCAGGUUUUGAGGAAAAAAGGAGAAUUUAAGCAAGUGCCGCUUGUCAUCACCUUCACAAGUAACGAGGGGGCGACUUUUCUCGGAGACAUGGUCAACAAUUCCUUGGGGCUGAUGGAGAACGUGGACAAUGGAGUCAGUCCGACCUUGUUCAAAUCAUUUCUUAUUAAGUUCGCGCAAGUUCAAAACAGUAGGUAAGAUCAGUGAAAAUUAAAUAUUUGCUCAGUAGUCUCAAUGCAGCAGGACCCCGUUAACUCCAACUCCCCGCUAACUCUAACUAAGUUCAAUUUCCCUUUGAUUUUACCUCCCUUUCCUGUCAUUUUUACUCGGUUAACUCCAACGCGGAUAACUCAGAUUAACCUCUAACUCGAACUAAAACACCUUUUCGCCUCCCCUGAUCAAAAAAGUCUCUGAAAUGUAUCCCGAUAACUGGAAUUCUUGUUCUUUUAACCACUAAACUAAUCUAUAAACUAACUAAUCUGAGUAACUCUUCUUGUUGCAUGAGAGCCUGAAAACACUAAAACUGACAUUGGUCACCGUUUAAGGCAAUUUCAUUUUAAUUGGUGAAACGAACAGAUCACGUUUUAUCAUAAAAGUGCCUAAUCAUGUUACAGUGUCUGAUGAAAUAAGUAAACUUGUACUGCACCAUACACUGAAUUGAAUUUUUCAAUCGACUUCGGUUGGGAGGUUGAUUAAAGGAUAAAGUUGUAAUAUGGCUAUGUAGUCUCAUUGUUCCCGGGUGUUCUUGUAUAUAUUUUCGCUCCAUAAAUUACACUACGCUGUACACUGAUCCGCUACAACGUAACCACUACCGAAAUAUACUCAGUCGUAGGUUAUUAUGUACCCUGUUUAGGACAGAAAGGUCAAGAACCACACCCUGUCCAGCGGCACCACAUCCCCGUACAAGUCAUAUAACCUAAGCAAGUAACCUCCCGGGGUCAUAACAUGCCACCAACCAUGUUGCAUUAACAUUUAUCAAGAGAGAGUAAUAGCGACUUCUGUUCCUCUCUGGAGACCAUCCUCCGAUUAUAACUCAAGCGUUUAUCGGUCUCAAAAUAACUUUGGUGAAAUUCACAUAUCCCAAGGGCUAGACAAGGUGUUUCCCUCUGUGUCUCAUUAUUCCCUUUUUGCAUUUAUUUAUUUCUUCGCUUGUGUUUCUUUUGCACGCAUUGGUUUACUUUUCCCUUCAAAAUAAAACUAGUGAGGCAAGUGCCUCGGAUUUCUUCACACUGUUCACGGCUCUGGUCUGUGGAAUAAUUGUUAAAUAUCCGUCACUUUGUUUUAGGAAGAAGAAUGCUGAUCUUCUCGCCGAUGCCUUAGAGUUCAUGUACACCCCUUGGCCUGACAACAGUAAUAAAUACGCAUUAAGAAGUCAACUUGUUGAUCUUAUUGGUGAUAACCUUUACUUUGCUCCCAGUCACAAGGUCGCUGAUGUUCACAGUCAGGUCGCUCCUGUUUACAUGUAUGAGUUUGCUCAUCGGGCAAAAACAAGUAUGGGUGCUGAUUGGAUGGGCGUGGUCCAUAGCGAAAAUGUUCCCUUUGAUUUCGGAGUUCCUUUGCUCCCGAAAUUUUUAUCUCUUUAUAGUCCCGCUGACAGAAAUGUCAGUUUGCUUAUUAUGACCAUGUAUGCAAACUUUGCCCGGUCCGGCGAUCCUUCAGUCAGCGGUGUCGCGUGGGAGAAAUACAACUCGAGUCACAGAGCUUACCUUAAAGUGGACACAAGUCCCAAACUGAAGACGUCAUUUAAUUCUCGCCGAAUGUCUUUUUGGAAUAAUUACUAUCCUAAAUUGGAGCAGGUGAAGUUCGAUGUCAAUAAAGAGGUUGUCAGCGGUGCAAAGGAUGUUGUUACCAUGGGUACUGCUCUUCAAGUUGUAUUUGCUUUAAUAGUAUACUUGAGUUACUAAGACCUUACUUUGUUUUUCACUCAUUCAUUCAAGUUUAUUAGAAGUGGAUAACACCAACAUUUUCUUUAAUGUCUAUGAGCGGAAAGUAGAGCAUAAUGUAUGUAGCCGAAUCAACUAAAAAAAGUCAGCAAAGAAAAAAGGGCGAUUUCAGUUUUUGCUAAAAAGUUCAUAACUGUUAUUGAAUGAAGCUGAGAAUGAUACGAGGAAUUAUGCAGAUAGAGGAUUGAAUAAUUAUACUGAUUAGUGAAUUAACAGGGUACAGACUUAAAAUGUUUGUUGCUCCCGCAGUUAUAACCAUUCAUCGGUAGAGGAUGCCUAAGGUUCGUACAAUUCUACAAUUGUUUUGGGCUCCAUUAAAUCCUAUAUUUACAUCUUUAAGUUUUGGCAGUCUUCAUCAUUGUAUUUGGCCGAGCAUUUAAUUACUACUGUAAUUUUAGCUGAUCGCAUUGCUCUGAAGGUACAGUCACAACCUCUCUACAAAGGUCAUGCGUCUACAACGUCCACUUUUUCGGACGGACAGACCAUAGAUUGAUAGACUCGAGUAUUCUCUCGUUUUCCUCAGAGAAAGCAAAGUGAGCGAAUUGAGCGAGGACAGUGGGAAAAUUUCAGUCCACGUGCUUGUCACCCUCUUCGACUGGUUUCUACUAAUUUUUAAUGACUAGUAAGUAUUCUAAGAACAAUAGAAUCCCGGUAACUCGAACUCUGAUAGGAAACGAAAAACAGUUCGAACUAGCGAGGGUUCGAGUUAUCGGGGUCGAUUGAAAAAUUCAAUAUGCCAUGUUAGAAAUUGAUAUUUACUAAUUUUCUCAGUGCUUCAGUGUAUGGUGGAGCACAAAUUUAAUUAUUUCAUCAGAAACAGUACGAUAACAUGAUUAGGCACUUUUAUGAUAAAACGUGAUCUGUUCGUUUUACCACUUUAAAUCAAAUUGCCUUUAAUAGUGACCAGUGUUAAUUUUAGUGUUUUCAGACCCUUUACAACAAGAAGAGCUAAUGGGAUGGCAUCCGAGUGUAGUUAAAAGAACCAGAAUUCGAGUAAUCAGGGAAAAUUUCAGUGACUUUUUGAUCGAGUUAGCAGGGAGCUCGAAUUAUCCGAGUUCUAGUUAUCGGGGUUCUACUGUAUUCGCUUUGAGUACCAACGCCUGUAAACGUAGGCCCGAGCCGAAACUUUUGUCAUUGUGGGGAUGUGCCGCUGGGACCUAUAAAACCUACACUUGAGUACCCACUUAAGUAGGUCACUUACGAAUCCGUUAUGGGUACAUGCCACUUACGGGUGUUGCAUGGAACGCACUUAGCACUCUCGUAAGUUUCUGUCUUACGUGGUAACUUACGGGCUCGCUUAAAGGCACACGUAACUUUGAUAUAGUACUUCAUUAAUGAUUCACUCUCUUUUUUUUUUAAGCUAACCAUCGGUGAGUGUAACGAAAUUUUUUAGUCGUUUCGAACACUUUUAAGCCUCUCAAAAAAAAUGAAAUUUGCAUGCAGACAUUGUUUUUCUUCAAUGUCUACUGAAAAUGAUAGUUCUUCUUCUUUUUUCACAACGUCGGCUUUAAAGUGUACAUCAGAGGUUAACAAAGCGCAUUAGAACGAAUGACGUGAAGAAAAAUACUCUUUUUCACUUCUCAGUAAAAGAUCUCGUUAAGUUUAGUAAUAACAGUAACGAUACGGGACCUACAUAGGUCCCGUAAAUUUACGUGCUAUUUUUCUCCGAAAAAAAGUUUUUAUGCCGAACACCCGCAAUUUCUGUUGCAUAAACGACACUUAAGUGAACACUUACAAAAAUCGUAAGUGCAACCACUUAAGUGAAUUCCCUAAUUGGACCACUUAAGUAAUUUAAUGCAACUGACUUAAGUUACGAGUGCACGUAUGCGUACCCGUAGUUGUUACGAGCGUUUUAUUCAACCGGUCCCUGGAGGAACCCUUAGCCUACACCAGAGCUAGUUCAGUGAAUUUUGCUGCCCUAUACUAGACUAUCCCUAUCCUAGAGUACCUUUUAGGCUGAGUUGCAUAAAUUUAAACUUGCCGAUUUGAUUUUUUUUUUAGUUUUUGAGAGGCAAUUCCCCGUUUCCCUAGUCUAGACUAAAAUCUUCAACCAACUGAUCUGUUUCAUACAAAAUGAUACCCUAUUCUAGACCCAAACUCUCUGAUUUAUAAACCCUAUCCCAGAGUAAACUGCUUGAAAACCAUACCCUUCACAGACGCACAUACGUACGUAGCCCAUAUGUGGCAGUACCCACGCCCCGGGGUUCCAAAACAGCCUUGGUCGAACCCACUUCAAUUUAACUUUAAAUUAGGUUGACGCUUGCGCGACGUUUUAAUCUUAUCUUUGCUUGCCACGUAAAUUUAAUUAAAAUGUAUUUAAUUGGGAUCUAUUAUUAUUCGCUAUGAGGUACCACGAGCCCUGUAACCGUAGCCCUAAACUUACGUCAUUUAGAGACUUCAGGGAUUGAUGCGAUCUCAGAAAUCCAGGUUUUGUAGAUGGCUGCCAUCAUAUGUCAUGUCAUACUGUCAAGAAUAAUGGACCUUCUGGCCAAGCACGAUUAAAUUAAGUUCGACGUUUGAAUGAACUAUUGAGCCAAAGUUGAGCGUAUAAAUUCUGUUAACUCGAUACUUCAGAAGCACGACUUCUGAAAAAAAAAAAACGGCUAGCGUAAAAAUGAUGGCGAUGAUGUCAGUUAUGGGUGGGUCAGUGAUUUUGCUGCUUGCAUGAUCUGUCGUGAUAUACUGUAUUCAUAUGAGUUUUUUUUCUAAUUAAACAUCCCACUUAAUAAAUUGUAUCAUUUAGACCCAUGUCAGCUUGCCAUUGUUCUCUAAAUUGCGCAGUCAUCGAAUCCGACGAGCGCUCGAUCGGCGAUCACGCAGUAAACUAAUUAAAGUAAAGAGGUUUUAGAAGGUACACUGUAGGUAAUUCACGGUUAAGGUAAAAUGCUUGCACUACUUUAGUUUCUGAUCUUUUUUUUACAAUUUGUAGUAAAUCAGCUUCUAACAUUUUGCGAAAUAUGUUUCAUAAGUCAUAUUGCAUGGUGAACAAAAAGCAGAUAAGGGGUCUUUAAAUAGUGCAUGUUGUUCGAAUGACGUCAGGAUUAAAAAGGCCCGCUGCUCGGAGAUGAAAAUUAAUUUAGGAUUGUUCAUUUGACCCUCAUUUAGCUAGUGUCAACAAGUCAAGCCCUGCUGCUUUUUGAUCUUGGUAGACUAAACAGCUCUACAAGAAGGAGUGUUCGAAGAUGCAACUAGCAACGUUCUUUCUUUUUUCUGCAUGUUGGCUUCAUGUUCGAGCAGAAACAGUGUCAACUAAGUAUGGAGAUAUCGAGGGUCUCGUGACUUCGUAUCCGAAUGCCUCUGGUCGGCGUUCAAAUCUGUCAGCAAAUUUCUUGGCGUUCCUUUCGCCGCUCCACCAACUGGAGAGCUAA